AUGUACGGUCACUCACAGGCUAAGGACUAGUGCUGUGAGGGUACGGGGCGUUGUUGGUGGUGGCGGUGACGCUGGGGAGGCAGGGAUUGGUGUUACAUUGCUUUGGUCGGCACUGGUCAGUCUUGCCACACACUCUCCUAAUGGUGAUCAGUGCAUAUUCCUGGCGGUGGUGGUGGUGUGAUUACAUUGUUUUGGCAGGGGCGCUGGGGAAGGAGGGACUGGUGUUACAUCGUUUUAGUCAGCACUGGCCAGUCUUGCCACACACUCUCCUAAUAGCGAUCAGUGUUUGCAUAUUCCCGGCAGCUUCUUCCUUCAUCAAGCAGCACCAGAGAGACACAGCUACUUAAGCAUGGCCAACAGCAGACCCCAUACUUGGGAGUCCUCCUCCACCAACACCUCCACCACCUCCUCCCAGCCGCUGUCCCCCACUGAGGGUUUUGGUGUCCCAUCCAUCUUCUAUAACUCUGGAUUUGAGCGGAUGUCCAACAUAACCAGCCCCCAGCGGUUCUCAGGCAAUUUCAACCAUGUGUAUGAUGGCCACUAUGAACCCGACCUGAGCUCCCAGAUGAAGGUCCCAAAGAGAAUACGAGUCACAGGCGAUAAUGAUGAUGACCCAACAGUCAACUGGGCGCGAUACAAUGGUGUCAACGAGAAGUUACACAUGAGUGUCCCCGACCGCAUUGUUGUGGCAGGUGGAGACCAGCACAUAGGGACAAGGGGAGUGCCCAGAGAGGUGGAGCUGGAAAAGUCUAUCAUGCCCCAGCCAGACCCAGCACUCUACAGGGUCCAAACACCACCACGAAGCAUCACACUGGACAACUACACGUACCCUGGGACGGAGGAUCUCACCCCCUCAGAAGAUAGGGAGAGCAGCACACCUGGCUCAAUCCCAACACUGCUACCCCGCACUACCUCCUCUGCCUCCGCUCCCUUCACCCACCCCACAGAGGACCUGGAUCAGGGGCCAGAACCUGGGGCAGUUGGGAUAGCAACAGACCUCAGCCCUGGAGAAGAGGUGUCACUCCUUCGCCGGCAAGUUGGACGACUCAACCGACGUGUGAUGGCACUGGAACUUGACUCCCAGCAGCGCUCACACAGGGAGAUGGUCAUGUACACACUGGGGGCUGCCUAUUUCCUCAUCAAGGCACUGCUUUGGCUCAACCGCAACUGAGGUGAAGAAGGUAAAAGCUGUGGUGGUGAGGCUGCUGCUGCUGCUGUGAUGGGGAUAAUUCUUUGUUUCUGUGGGAUCUAUGGAGGCAGUGAUGGGAGUAUCCAGCUUCAUUCCAUGCGUGAUGUGUCAACGGCAUUGUUAACUAGACGUGUGAGAGGAGCAUCACGCCCACGGCAGUGAUGGCAUUCCCACCACCACACCAGCUGAUGUGGGGACCUUGCAGUGUGUCACAAAGGUGCUGGUGGCAGGGGUGGUAGCAGUGGCCUUGCUCUUGAGUACAUACACCAUUCUUUUCUCCUCAGCUGCCACAGGGACCUCCCAUUAUGGUAGAUUAACACACCCCUGCCACCAUCAUGACCACCACACUUGUUUAAUUUUUUCUUCUAACUUGCCCACCUCUUACUCUUUUUCUUCCUCCUCCUCCUGCUGCUGCUCCUCCUUUGCCUCCCCCAUAGUUGUCACAGCUUCCUGUUGUCAUAGUAUUGUAAGGGGGAUGAGAGGUGGAGGAGAGCAGGAUAAGUUCUUAUUGGUAUGUGGUGGGUUCUUGUGAUGAUAUUUAGGUUCUCUGUACUUGUAUGUACUGUUUGUAUAUAUAUGAAUAGACUGUGUGAGUAGUUUUACAUAAUCCUCAUUCUUUUCUUUAUAAUUUGUGAAUAUAACUCUCUCUCUCUCUCUCUCUCUCUCUCUCUCUCUCUCUCUCUCUCUCUCUCUCUCUCUCUCUCUCUCUCUCUCUCUCUCUCUCUCUCUCUCUCUCUCUCUCUCUCUCUCUCUCUCUCUCUCUCUCUCUCUCUCUCUCUCUCUCUCUCUCUCUCUCUCUCUCUCUCUCUCUCUCUGAUGUAACUGUUGGUUAGUCAGGCUUUCUGUGUAUACAAAAGAAAUACAGUAUACACACUCAUAUAAGUCUUCCUUAUCUGUUGGUCUCAUUUUCCUCAUUGUAAUAUCUUUACACACACACACACACACACACACACACAAACACACACACACACACACACACACACAAACACACACACACACACACACACACACACACACACACACACACACACACA